AAUAAAAAUUCACGUUCGAUUCACUUGAAAAAUCACGUAAACUGGUUUCAAAUGUCAAAUUGAAUAUUUUACGUGACGAAAAUGAAUGUUAUACGAACAUCCUCUAAAAUGAAUAGAGUCAUCACAUAAGGUUUACGUGAAUUGACCAAACGUCAAACAAUCUACGUGAAUUUCCAGUGUGAAAAACUCGAUUUUGAAAAUGGCGAACAGUGGCCCUCAAAGUUAUGAAAGUUUCCAUGUGUUCGAUUGGAUCGAGUGCCUGCGUGAGUCCGGAAGUGUGCCCGCUCCUGCCGAAUGCUUCAAACAGGCCGUUGGUCCACCGAAAAACGAGUUCAAAAUCGGUAUGAAGCUAGAGACACUGGACCCAUGUAAUGGGAUCUCAACCUGCAUCGGUAGUGUUGUGGAAGUUCUCGGAUCUCGACUUCGGCUUCAGUUGGAUGGCAGUGACAACACAACGAUUUCUGGAGGCUUGUCGAUUCGAGAUCCCACGACGUUAUUAGUUGCUUUUCAUUUUUUAUUUAAAAUUCCAUGCUGAUUUUCUAAAAUAAAUGUUUUGUUUUGCAUGUCAUUUUGCAUUCUUUAGAUUUAUAUAAAAAUCUGAAAUUUCCCUUUUUUCUUCAACCAAUAUAUGAAAUAGUGUUUCUUUUAUAUCUAAAUUUGAU